CGAGCCUUUAACACACGACGUUUCACGUAGACGAUCAUCUUGUUCUACACAAAACCUGAAAACUUUUCCCACAAAUAGUUGAACUUGAGGCUUUAAAUCCAUUGUGUUGGUUUGGGUGUAGCAUCCUGUCGGAAAUGAGCUAAACGUAAACAAACCAGCGUCGUCUGCCCCAUCUUUAAAGCCAAACUGCGACGUGUCAACACAAGAGCUGCUGGUUGGAUCCCCCAGGAACAAGUCAUUAUAAAUCACUACUCCCAAUAACAAUUUAAAAACUGACGCAAGCUACCUGACAAAGAAGAUGAUUGAAACUGAAAUUACAUGUAGUCAAGCUUGCUGUCAUGCAGCCAAUGUUGAGGAACCCAUAGAAGAAUGGAGUGAACUGGAAACUGAGAUGAAAAGAGACUUAUUGGCCCUAGAUUUGCGUAUCUCAUUAUUUGUUGGAGCCGUGCAAAAUUUCAAAUAUGAGUCGCUUCUUAAACCUAUACCUGCAAAUUACCGAAAAAGUGACGGCGAAGCAGAUAUUGAAAUUAUACGAGAACUGGUCUCAAGACUUCCGGAAUUGCCUCUCCUUGAUGUCAGCAACAAACAGGAUCCUGAAAUAGCAAGUUUUAUGAAGACAUUCUUUUUGAAUCACAAUCAGAAGCUCAGCCUAAUCUCUAUAGAGGAGUUUAAACAACAACUAUCCGGACAAAUUGAGCUACAACUUGCUCCAAGAUGGAUUUUUCAAAUUGAUCAUCUCGCCCGUAGUCAGCAGGCCUGGGAGCGUAAAAAAUUAUCCUCUUCUACGUUUUUCGCGUUUCACGGAAGUCGUUUUGAGAACUUCCAUUCAAUUCUGAAUUUGGGCCUUCAUCAACAUCUCAACAAAACCUCUUUGUUUGGCGAAGGAAUUUAUUUAUCGACUGAACAGUCUCUAAGUCUGCAGUAUUCGCCUUCUGGGCAAGGCUGGAAUAAGAGUCAGUUGGGACCAGAGCUAUCAGUACUCGCCGUUUGUGAAGUUAUUAAUCACCCAGACGUGAAAAGAAGAGGUUCGAGACCAUCGGCAGCUGAUUCCGUGAUUCCAGACAAGUAUAUUCUCGUGACUAAUAACGAGCUUGUCCGCCCACGUUAUUUACUAGUAUAUACAAGACCUAAAGUCAAGACAGUUAAAGUAACAAAUUUCCUACAGCGUUACAAAUUUGUUUUGUUCCUCAGUCUCUACGUCUCACUUUUGCUCGCGAUUGGUCUCGCCAAAAAAGUGACUAUUUAAACCGUACUAGCAUGCCUAUUUUUUUUUUCCCAUAAAAGUUGCUUGAUUUUUCUGGUCACACAAUUUUGUUUAUUGCAA